AUGACUGCGAUGACCCAUUCCGAUGAUGUGAAAGGACACGCGACGACUGCGAAGGCGUACGAACUAUUAGGCCCUCGAUCUACAAGUCCAAGUCAACAUGAGGAUACCACUUCACAUCACCACCACCACCACGAUCAUGUCAUGUCACAUCUACCUACCAAACGCUCGGGUGGUUGGCUUUGGGAGGGACUCAGUUUCAGCGUUGCUCUUGCUUGCUUCGCAGCUAUCAUCGGAUUACUGAUCAGUCUCCGAGAGCACAAGACCCCAAAUUGGCCGUCAGGUCUGUCCGUCAACGCUGUCCUCUCCGUUCUUGUUACAGUUAUGAAGGGUGCCAUGGGCAUUUGUAUCACAGAGUGCUUGUCUCAAAUCAAGUGGACCUGGUUCAAACGAGAGCGAAAACUUAUCGAUCUGGCAAUCAUUGAUGACGCCAGUCGAGGUGCGUGGGGCGCUGGUCGGCUUUUAUUGACAUUCAGGUCGUGGUAUCUUGCAUACCUAGGCGCUCUUGUCUUCUUUGCAGCAUUUGUCAUUGGACCCAGUGUGCAACAAUUGGUUGAAACCAGAAUACGCCAGGUCGAAGUUCCAACAAAUGCAAAUGUCCCAGUGUGCAACAACACUUAUUACGACGUAGUUGGGCUUGGAUCUGGUUCUGGACUGAACAGAGUCAACCUACCGAUGAUAGGUUCCAUGUACGAUGGCUUCCUUCAGACAUCAAGUCAAUCGCCUCUUCGCCCAAAUUGCCCGAGUGGUAAUUGCACCUAUCCAAGAUAUCAGUCUCUCGGUGUCUGUCACGAAUGUUCUGACCAUUCGAGUCAACUCCUCUACGUGGACAAGUCUACCAACUUGACCUAUCCCACAUCUGUCGAGUCUAACUGCUCCAAACAAUUGAGCACGUGUGAUCUUCAAUGGAUCGGUGCUGGGUUGUCACUGCAAUCAAACUAUGGCAUGGUCAAUUCUACUCGGGCUACCUCAAGUAAGCUUGAUCCAGCACUCGCUGCCACAGACAACACAACCUUUAGUACUUUUCAUGCAAUCCUUGCCCGUAAUUGGCAAGCAAAUUCCAAUCCUGAACCAGCCCCAAGCGCUGUUAAGUGCGACCUCCGCCUCUGCGUCAAAACUUAUGAAGGUUCCGUUAGCGGUGGUCAGUUCAGAGAGAACACAAUUUCGACAACCUGGAACGGAUCAUACCUGGAUGGUGCUACACAAUUAAACUAUCAUACGUUCCAGAAUUACGUCGUCAUUCCCGCACGGCCUUGCUACAUCAACGGCAGCGAAAUCAUCGAGCCCUGGAAUGACGCGGAUCGUGAUCGAUGCACUUACAACAUCAGCUCGGCAGCUGUGAUCGCUCUGGGGAAUACUGUGGAAGGUCUAACAAAGGGAUAUGGCUCAGCAAUCACAUCCAACCGUCCUGCUCUCAGCAGUGAUGUCAUGCAAGCACUUUACGGCAUAUUCAAUAGCACCAGUCUGGAGGAUCCUGACAUUGGGACUCUCGCCAGCGUUCAGAGAGCCUUCAAAUCCAUGGCCGACGUCGUGACAAACCAAGCCCGUGGCUCACUUGUCAAUUGUGGUGGAGCAACCGCACCGGGCACACAAUUCAUCGACGAACUGUACAUUCACGUCCGAUGGGUCUGGCUCUUGCCCACAAUUACCGUGCUAGUUUUGUGUUUGGUCUUCUUUUUGGCUACGAUCGUGCAGUCAUGGAGCGACGAUCUCUGGAAAUCAUCCCCUCUGGCUCAUAUCUUCGUCCGACCAAUUCUCACCGAUACAGUGCUUACAUCGAAAGUAUUCAGUGCAGAACGAGGACUAGGAGCAAGGCCGAAAAUGGAUACGAUCGAGAAGGAGUCUAGGUACGUCAAGGUUCGUUAUGAACGUGACAUUGGUACAUUUCGUGCUGGGUAG